UCACCUGCGGCUGUGGCUCGCGCGCGCGCGCGCGCUCUCGCACGCACACACAGCCGCGCGAGCCGCGGACAGGUAGAGUCGCUCGGUCGCAGAGGAGGAGAGGAGGGCAUUUUCGGCGGCGCGCCGCGGCUCUCAGUAGGCUCGCGCGCGAGAGCACGGAAUUUCUUUCACUCUCUCGCGAGCUGCCGGCCGAGACUACGCUGAGAGAGCGAGAGCGAAAGCUGUAGAGCCUCAGUUGCGAGCGGCGGUCGCCCGAGCGCCACGGUUUUGCCUUUUCACGCGAUGCGCAGUCUGAGCACUUGAUCGUGCCGACUCUGCCGGUCCGUCACCUCGCGAUCUUUCUUGCGAGUCUUGCCGAGCGCGCGCGCGCGCGCCGGACGCCCAGCGAGCAGCGACUCGGCGCCGAGAAAGUGCUUUUCUCAAAGUUUCUCAGAACCCGACCGACGCCGCAGCCCCAUUCAGCAGCGAGAAUGAAGAGCGCUGCGUUUCUCCGAACCAGCUUGGCCUUGCUGACUCUGCUUUAUUCGGCAUCCGCACUUUCCCCGCUUGAUCGUCGACAAUUCGACAUUUCCGAUUACGUAUAUGGAGUAGACUAUGACCUGCAGGCUCGAGCGCGCGCUGCGAUAGAAGCCGAGCGGUUCACCCUUCAAACGAGCCACCGCAGGCAGCAGCGCGCGGAGCAAGAGCCGUGCCGCGUCAGGCAGGACCGGCCUUGCCCGCCGAGCAAGUACAGGACGCCUUCCGGGGCCUGCAACAAUGUGAGACACCCGGCCUGGGGCGCCAGAGGAUCGCCCUACCUCAGACUACUGCCGCCCGCUUACGCCGAUGGACUGAGCAGCCCGCGGCUGUCGGCGAGCAGGCAGCAGAGCUUGGCCCCGGCCUGGGAGGUGAGCGCGGCGGUGCGCGCGGGGCUGGCAUCCGGCUCCGCGACGAGGCCGGCGCUGCACGAGGGCCUGAGCAGCCUGGCCGGCGUCUGGUCCGAGCUGGUGCUGCGCGACAUCUCGGAGCCCGUGCGGCCGAGCCGUCGCCGGGGCGAGGACUGCUGCGGCUCGCGCAAGCCGGCGCACCCCGAGUGCCUGGCCGUCCGGGACGGGCAGGGCCGCUGCCUCGAGUACUGGCGCACCGCGCCGACCCUCAGCGCGCACAGCUGCCAGUUCGAGGCGCGCGAGCAGAUGAACGGCGCCUCCGGCUACCUCGACGGCUCGGACAUCUACGGCAACAACGACGACCGGCUGCACAAGCUCAGGAGCUACGAGCGCGGCCGCGUCGACAUCGAGCAGUGCGAGCUCUGCGCCCGCGGCAACCACAGCCUCGGCCAGCUCUACCGGGCCAUACUCGCCGAGCACAACCGCAUCGCCGACGAGCUGGCCUCGCUCAACCGGCACUGGGACGACACGAGGCUCUACCUCGAGGCUCGCCGCGCCGUCGUCGCUCAGCUCCAGCACGUGACGAUGAACGAGUUCGCGCCCAGCGUGCUCGGGGAGGCCGUCCACGCCGACAGGGAGCUCAGCCCGAUGAGCAGCGGCUUCUACACCGGCUACUCGUCGACCAACCGCGGCGGGGCCUUCGACGCCGUGGCCCUGGCCGGGCUGCAGGCCCUGACCUCGCUCAGGCGCGCCGAGAGCUCGGCCCUUGAGGCGCAGCUCGCGCUCCCGGCCAACCGGCUGAACCUCGAGCUGGCCGGCGACGAGUCCGCGCCGCCCGGCUGGGAGCCGAGCGCCCUGCUCGUCCAGGCCGCCCGGGAGCACGGCAUGCCCGGCUACGUCGACUACGUGCACUACUGCUCCGGCGGCCAGCUGCAGCUGCGGAACUUCAGCAGCCUCUCGGCCAGCCGGCUGAUGCGGCCCGGCGCGGCCCAGCUGCUCGAGAGGAGCUACGCCGGCCGGCUGGAGGACGUCGACCUGCUGCUCGGCGGAGCGCUCGAGGAGCCGAGCGAGGCCGCGGCCGUCGGGCCGACCUUCCUCUGCCUCCUGCGCCAGCAGCUGCUCAAGCUGCGCAACUCGGACCGCUUCUGGUACGAGAACGACAUCCCGCCGUCGAGCCUCAGGCCCGAGCAGAUCAGCGAGAUCCGCAAGGUCUCGCUGGCCGGCGUGCUCUGCGGCUCCUCGAGCGGCAUCGGCAAGAUCCAGCCCAAGGCGUUCAUCCAGCAGGACCCCUACCUCAACGCGAGGAUCGGCUGCGAGCAGCACCCGCGGCUCGAGCUGUCGGCCUGGAAGGAGGAGGCGGAGGUGGCGGAGGAGGCGGAGGAGGCGGAGGGCGGUGAGCCGACGCCGGCGGGGGCCCGGCCCCAUCGGCCCAAUCGGCCCCUCGCCGACAACCACAUGAGCGUCGAGGCUAGCGCGGGCGGCGGCGGCGGCGAGGACGCGGCCUCGAUCGCGGCCUCGAUCGCGGCCGAGAUCAACGAGGACGUGCUCCGCGCCGCGAUCAGGAGGGCCGAGCAGGAGCUGCUCGAGCGCAAGCAGCUCGAGUACAACUCCUGGCUGCAGCAGCGCGUCGCCGACCCCAAGUCGCCCCAGGGCACGGCCGCCAGCUUCUCCAAGGCCAACAGGGACGCGCUCCUGCUGGCCAACUCGUCGAUCCUCUUCGAGCUCGCCACCAACGAGCUCGUCAACGGCCUGGACGGGCUGAGUCGCAGGCGCAGGCGCAGGAGGCGGCAGGCCGCCGGCGCCGACAACGUCCUCGGCGGCUUCGGCAUCGGCAACGAGUUCAACGACAUCCUCCAGAACGUCGACCUCUCCGGCCUGAUCCCGCAGCAGCACCAGAUGCCGACGAACCACGAGGAGAUCGACUGCCCCGUCGAGGACGGGCCCUGCGACCCGACCUCGGCCUACCGGACCUUCUCCGGCCACUGCAACAACCUGCGCAACCCCAACCUGGCCAAGUCCCUGACGACCUUCGCCCGGCUCCUGCCUCCCGUCUACGAGGACGGAGUCUCCAAGCCGAGGACGAGCUCCCUCGUGACGGGGCUGCCCCUGCCGAAUCCCAGGACCAUCUCGACCGUCAUCCACCCGGACAUCUCGAACCUGCACAACCGCUACACCCUCAUGGUCAUGCAGUUCGCCCAGUUCCUCGACCACGACCUCACCAUGACGCCCAUCCACAAGGGCUUCGCCGAGUCCAUUCCCAGCUGCAGGGCCUGCGACUCGGCGCACACGGUCCACCCGGAGUGCAAUCCCUUCCCCGUGCCCGCCAACGACCACUACUACCCCCAGGUGAACAUCAGCACCGGGGCCCGGCUCUGCAUCCCCUCGAUGAGAUCGCUGCCCGGGCAGCAGCAGCUCGGGCCGCGCGAGCAGAUCAACCAGAACACCGGCUUCCUCGACGCCUCCGCCGUCUACGGCGAGAACCACUGCAUCGCCAACGUGCUCAGGAGCUUCAACGGCCGCAUGAACAUCACGAGCCACCCGAGCCGGGGCAAGGACCUGCUGCCCCAGUCGCGCACCCACCCCGAGUGCAAGGCCCCCUCGGGCUACUGCUUCAUCGGCGGCGACGGUCGAGCCUCCGAGCAGCCCGGCCUCACGGUCAUGCACACCCUCUGGGUCAGGGAGCACAACCGCGUGAUGGAGGGCCUCAGGGCGGUCAAUCCUCACUGGGACGCCGAGAAGCUCUUCCAGGAGACCCGCCGAGUCAUCAGCGGCAUGCUGCAGCACGUGACGUACAACGAGUUCCUGCCGCGCAUCCUCGGCUGGAACGCCGUCAGCCUCUACGGGCUGAAGCUGCUGCCCCAGGGCUACUACAAGGAGUACUCGCCCAGCUGCAACCCGAGCGUGCUCAACGAGUUCGCGACGGCGGCCUACCGAAUCGGGCACUCGCUGCUGCGGCCCCACCUGCCGCGCAUGGAUCGCAACUAUCAGAAUGUCGACCCGCCGAUUCUGCUGCGCGACGGCUUCUUCAACCCCGACAUGCUCUACCAGCCGGAGAUGAUCGACGAGAUGGUCCGCGGCCUCGUCUCCACGCCCAUGGAGACGCUCGACCAGUUCAUCACCGGCGAGGUGACGAACCACCUCUUCGAGCAGAAGGGCAUACCCCACUCGGGAGUCGACCUCAUCGCCCUCAACAUCCAGCGGUCGCGCGACCACGGUCUGCCCGGCUACAACAGCUACAGGGCUCUCUGCAACCUCAAGCGGGCCACGACUUUCGAGGACCUCGCGAGGGAGAUGGCGCCCGAGGUGAUCGCCAGGCUCAGGAGAGUCUACAGCACGGUCGACGACAUCGACCUCUUCCCUGGUGGUAUGAGCGAGAGGCCGCUCCAGGGCGGACUGGUCGGUCCGACGUUCGCCUGCAUCAUCGCCAUCCAGAUGAGGCAGGCGCGCAAGUGCGACCGCUUCUGGUACGAGACCGACGACCCGAACAUCCGCUUCACGGAGCACCAGCUCGCCGAGGUGCGCAAGACGACCCUGGCCAAGAUCAUGUGCGAGAACAUGGAUCACCACACGGACAUGCAGCGCGCGGCCUUCGAUCUGCCCUCGAAUUUCCUGAACCCCAGGGUGCCUUGCGGCUCGAUGCCCCACAUGAACUUUGAGGCCUGGCGCGAGACCAGGCACGGCUGCCAGAUCGGCGGCAGGAACGUCGCCGUCGGCGAGUCUGGCUUCCCGACGCCUUGCACCAGCUGCGUCUGUACGGCCGAGGGGACGCAUUGCGCCUCGCUGAGAGUAACAGACUGCAACCAGCUACUUCGAGAGGCCUCGAGGGAGGCGAUCCUGCGGGACGACGUCUGCACUGCGCAGUGCGGAUUCGUGCUCGCGGCCACGGAAGGCUCCUCUUCUGCGAACCUGCAAUUCAAGUCCUCCAACAGCUUUCCCGGAUUCUCUCAGCAACGAAGUAACAUUCGGAAUUCCUUCUCCUCGUCGUUCAAUGGAUUCAAGUUGCCAGAUCUUUCGCAGUUCAUCGGCUGAUGGAAGAAAGCCUGCAACUCGUCAAUCGUCAAACGCAAUCUCCCCGCUAUGCAGAUGCAAAGACCAUAGGGAUGCAGCACGCCAGAGUACAGAUGUAUAGCUUUUCGACCCUAUAUCCAUCCCAAUACUAUCGCAUACGAGAUUUCGCGCUUUGCAACCCAAACCUGCAACCCAACUGUCGCUCGAGGGGCGCAAGCUAGCCAUUUAAAAUGAUCGUUCGAAAUUUUCACAAGUCUAUGGAUACUUAUUAUUUCCAGUGCCUACUUGAAAACAGCACAAUGAAAUAACGUAUCGCGUUGAUUAAAAUAAGGAACGCUACAGGUGUGGGCGUCCAACUUGUACUUAAAUCGGCGAGCAAGGAUGAAUUGAUAUUAAAGUUAAUGUAAAUAUAGAAUGUAAGUUUCGUACUUUUAAGAUUUUUAGUGCAUUUACAACGAGCCUACUGUAUGAUUUCUUAUAUUAUGCGAACGCAAAAGGCGACUGAAAGUCGAAUUCUCAAUCUCCUUUGUGAAUCCUUGCAAGCAUGUAAGUAUAUAAGUAGUUAAUGAAUAAAUCGCUAAAAAAUAUACGAAUAAAAUUGUAACAAUCAAAUUUCAUACAUUACUAUUUAUAGAUUAGAGAAAUAAGAAUCGCUUUGACUUUGAGGAUUAAUGUUUUAUACAAAAAAAAUUGUCGGGAGAAAUGUACAAUGUAAACUGUCGAUCUAGAGAAACGUUAGACACGUUAGAUUUUCAUUCAUCUCGUAUCUUGUAAACUCUUUAUUAACUUUUAAUUCACAAGCUUUAUACAUUUUUUGUAUGAUUAAAUUAUAUGGUGUGUAUAACGUUAAUAAAUGUUAAUGUUUAUUUUUCAUUGUCUGCCUAUCAUUACGCAAAAUAAUCAAGUCGCUAUCACAACUCUCUGUCCAAGCAGAGAAAGUUAAAAACAAGAUAUCUUCACAUGUUUAUUUACACAGAAUUUAGCCUUGAACACUCGA